GUCCUCACUUAUCCUCUUUCUGCGACUCUCUUCUCAUUGGUUAUCUGUAUUCUCUCCCCAUCCUGUAGAUCCAAAUUUCCUUUUCCUUCUUCAUUCCCAAUCCCAUUCUUUAAGCUUCGCCAGAGAAACUCUAAUAUCUUUCAAGCAAUCUAAAGUUAAGGCGCCAAAACCUUCAAUCGAUAAUUCUAGGCGUUCUAUAAUGCAAUCAAUGGCUGCUUCAAUCACUAAUGCGCCAUCCGCGGUCAAUUGCCCGAGCUAUGUCGGUCUCCGAGCGCCGAAGAGGACCUUCAACUUAUGCGUUCCUCAACCUGCCACGAAGUCGUUCCCUCCGCGCCUUUUCGUCGUGAGAGCGAGCGAUUCCGAGUUCGAGGCCGCCGUUGUCGCUGGAAAGGUUCCGUCGGCGCCUCCCGUGCCGCCUAAACCGGCGGCUCCGGUUGGGACUCCGGUUGUCCCUUCGCUUCCACUUCAUCGGCGUCCUCGUCGGAACCGGAAGUCGCCUGCGCUUCGGUCGGCUUUUCAGGAAACUAGUAUUUCGCCGGCGAAUUUUGUGUAUCCGCUCUUCAUCCACGAAGGCGAAGAAGAUACUCCAAUCGGAGCUAUGCCUGGAUGCUACAGGCUUGGAUGGAGGCAUGGACUUGUACAAGAGGUUGCAAAAGCACGGGAUGUUGGUGUUAAUAGUAUUGUGCUCUUCCCCAAAAUUCCAGAUGCUUUGAAGUCUCCCACAGGAGAUGAAGCAUACAAUGAAAAUGGUUUAGUGCCUCGGACAAUUCGUUUGCUCAAGGAUAAGUACCCAGACCUUGUUAUCUAUACGGAUGUUGCAUUAGAUCCUUAUUCAUCAGAUGGGCAUGAUGGCAUAGUUAGAGAAGAUGGUAAGCUAUCAAAUUUUCCUUUUAUACUUUAUUUAGAAACCUAUUGAGAAAAAUGAAGAAAUUAU